CAAACCCUUCAAAUUUCACACGAAUUCCCAUGCACCUACUGCUAACUCUGUCCCACCCCCAAUCCCUCCAAGCACUCUAUUAAACAAAAUAAAACAAUCUGGUUCACGCCUGAUUAUUUCUCUCCGUCUUCUUCUUCUUCUCCAUGGACUACUAGGCACAAACCAAACCCAACUAAGACUCCAUGGAAAACUACUACAAUUCCUAUCCAGAAUCCGGCGGAUCGUCUCCUCGGUCACGGGAGGUCGAUUUUGAGAACCCGCCGCCGUGGGAGGACCAGCAAAACGGUUCUAACUACAAGGCCAAGUUCAUGUGCAGCUAUGGCGGCAAGAUCCAUCCUCGGCCGCACGACAACCAGCUCUCUUAUAUAGGCGGAGAGACUAAGAUUCUCUCCGUUGACCGUAACAUCAAACUCGCCGCCAUGAUUAACAAGCUCUCUGCCCUCUGUGGGGACGCCGACGUCUCUUUUAAGUAUCAGCUUCCAGGAGAGGAUCUGGAUGCUUUGAUUUCUGUAACCAGUGAUGAUGAUCUCGAGCACAUGAUGCAUGAGUACGAUCGGCUUUUCCGCGCCUUGGCUAAGCCUGCAAGGAUGCGUUUGUUUUUGUUCCCGGUACAACCUUCGCACUCCAGUUUUGGAUCCGAUGGGUCUAAAUCGGACCGGGAUAGGUUCGUUGAAGCGUUGAAUUCUGGCCCCUCACAGCCUCCGGAGAAGACGGCUCCACCGCAAAACGUUGCUGAUUUCUUGUUUGGGUUAGAGAAGGGGGUCCCGGUCCCUCCUCCGGGAGUUAAAAUUAACGAUCCGGUGCCUGAACCAGUGGUUCCGCCACCGGAAAUGCAUGUUGUGGAUGGUAGAGUCAUGGGGCCCGAUCGCAUAAUUGGGUCGGAUCCUUCUGUGGAGAUUCAGAGGCAAUUGCAUGAGUUGCAGAGGUUGCAAUUAAGAGAGCAAGAGCAAGCUAUGUAUAGGAGGCAAAGCGAGGAUCAUAAUUUCGGAAACGAAUACUACUUCCAGAAGAUGCCGGAGAAGGCUCCAGCACCGAGUAUGCCAGCAACAGCUCCGCCUCAGGUGACAGCCCCGCCGGGAUAUUGGUCGGAGAAGCAUAUCGGAGGUUAUUCAGCACCGGUGACUACACCUGCACAACAGGAGCAGCCUGUGUACAUGAUUUCAGCUCCUGGCCCCGUCUACACCUCUCCAGUUAUGCGACCGGCGACCCCCCAAACCAAUCAUGGUUACUACGCGAUGCAGCGUGUGAACCCUGAGUUCUCCCGGGAGCAACAGAUGUACAAUGUGGUUCAGCCUCAUAUGCAGCAGCAGCAGCCGCAGCCACCGCCGCCCACGCUGCAACCUAAUAUCCAACCUCAACAGCUGAUGGGAGUGAUGCGGCCACCAAGUGGAGGCGCUGGAGUAGGCAUGGGAGUAACAGAUACAGGGUACGCACCAGUGGCGGUGUACGAUAGCAAUCUUGGGAGACAAGUGUACUACAAUGCGCCCGGAGGUGUGAUGACGCAUCCUCCUCCUCCGUAUCAGGGUGCUGGUGCGGCUGAUAUGAGACAAACACAUACUGUUGGUUUGGGCCAGGAGGGUAAGGUUGUCACAAAGGUCUCGCAAUCUUCGGUUUAAUAUAUUUAUGCAUAAUUAUUAUUAUUAUUCGAUAAAUAAAUAUACAUAUAUAUAUGUAUGUGUAUAUAUAUAUAUAUAUAUAUAUAUCAUGUAUGCACCAUAAUUAUAGUGGAUGUUACUUAUUUUUGAUGUUGGUUGAAUUUGUGUUGGUGUGUAUUUUGACGGGAUUUGGGGGCCCUAGAAUUCGUAGAUAAUUCUAGAGUCUCAAAUUCUUAAAUAUGGACCAUUGAUAGAAUCUAAGGGUUAUAAAUUCUUACACAUCAUCUAGAAAUAAAUAUUGUAUUAUACACUGUAUCUUAGAGAAUCA